UAGCAUGUCAGCUCCAGUUUCUUCUCUUUUUGGAACUGCUGGCUCUUCUCCUCAGACGCCACAAUUUGGUUCUUCUUCAUCGGCUUCUUUAUUCGGGUCUGCGUCGACUCCCUCAUUGUUCGGAAGUAGUGCUCCAUCUUUAGGUUCUACCCCUGCUAUCGGUGGUUCACUUUUCUCUACACCAUUUGCAUCAGGUGCUGCAACUGGAUCUGGAGCAAGCUUUGGCAAUGUAUCUAAAUCAGCAAGGCCAAAGUCUCGGACAGCUCGUCGUUAGUGAGUGGCAUUCACAUGACUAACUCCGGCUGCUAUCUCACACUUCCUAAAUCUUUCUUUUGGCUGCCUUGACUAUAGAAAAACA